AUAAAUAUCAUGGAUAUCGUGAGACUGGACACAUGGGGGCGGGGUUAGUUUGCAAUACUGGCACGCAGUUUUUGCAUAGUCACCGCAGGCACUCAUCAAAUGAAAUUACUUUCGUAAAAGUCUUCUAACUUUCAGAAUAUGGCAAAAAUCUGGUCGAAAAGUGGCGACAUGGAGGUAGACGAUGUUUGGGAUGAUACGGAGCUAAUCAAAAUGUAUGAUGAAUCGCUUCAAGAAAUUUCUAAAAAUGAGACAUCUGCUAAAAUUACUUCAAGAAAAUUCAAAGGAGAAGAUGGAAAAAUGUACACAUGGAAAGUUGGUGGGAAAUGUAUGGCUCCAUAUGAAGAAAACGGGGAGGUCACUGAUUAUCCUGCAACAAUUGAUACUAUUGGAGGUGCUGAUAAUCUCGAAGUUGGAGUUACUUUCAUUUAUUAUGGAGGUCAAGCAGUUGUACAAAUGAAAGAUCUCUGGUUGAAUGAAGAAGCUAUUGCGGACGCUGUGAAAGCUGAAAAUGAUCUUCAAAAGACAAAAAAGACAUCAACUGUAAAUUCAGUAGCACAUUCAAAUUCAAAAUCUACCUCAUCUGCACCAAAUACCUCGAUGCCAUUUCCAUCCUUCGCACCGCCAGUUCCUCCAAACAUAAUCGCAAUGGCCCCUGUUAAUCAGAAAGAAGCCAUGAACAGUAUGCUUAUGAGCUGGUACAUGAGCGGAUAUCAUACAGGAUACUAUCAAGCACUAGCGGAUCAGAAAAAUGUUCAAAAUUAAUUCAUCGCUCUUAUUUGUUUUUUUGCUAAUUUCCUACAUUUCGAAGUUUUCUCACUCCAUUCCUCCCGGGUGUUUAUAAAUGAUUAAUAUGAAGGAAACAAAUAUCAAA